GCCAGGUUGGCCGCGCCAGGGAGGAGCAGGCGCGGGCGCGGGCGCGGGCUGAUCGCUUGCUGAAGAUUCUCUCUGCGUUUGCUGUCGCUGCAGCAGCGGACGACCUCCUUAGGGCCAGGCGUCCCAGCUAGGCAAGUCCAGUUGACCACUCGGUGUGCUUAACUGAGACCCAAGGUACGACUUCUUGGCGCGGUUAGCGCCGCUUUCCUGUUCGGGAGGUCCCGCUCCAGGCUCUUCGGACCCUCCUGGCGUCCUCGUUUGCGUCGGGAAGGGCGGCAGCGGCGCCCGGGCAUGGCUUCGGCUGGCAGCGGCAUGGAAGAGGUGCGAGUGUCGGUGCUGACCCCGCUCAAGCUGGUCGGGCUGGUGUGCAUCUUCUUGGCGCUGUGUCUGGAUCUGGGAGCUGUUCUGAGCCCGGCCUGGGUCACCGCGGACCACCAGUACUACCUGUCCCUGUGGGAGUCCUGCCGGAAACCCGCCAACCUGGAUAUCUGGCAUUGCGAAUCCACUCUCGGCAGCGAUUGGCAGAUUGCUACUCUGGCUUUACUCCUGGGCGGUGCUGCCAUCAUUCUCAUUGCAUUCCUGGUGGGUUUGAUUUCAAUCUGUGUGGGAUCACGAAGGCGCUUCUACAGACCUGUUGCUGUCAUGCUUUUUGCAGCAGUUGUUUUGCAGGUCUGCAGCCUGGUUCUUUAUCCAAUCAAGUUCAUUGAAACUGUGAGCUUGAAAAUUUACCACGAGUUCAAUUGGGGUUAUGGCCUGGCCUGGGGUGCAACUAUAUUUUCAUUUGGGGGUGCCAUUCUUUAUUGCCUGAACCCUAAGAACUAUGAAGACUACUACUAAAAUCAAGUCUGAAAAACAAACACACAUAUGCACACACACACACAAAACAUACACUACACACACCACAUUACACACAAACACACACACACACACACACACACACACACCACAUGAAAAAGAGAAACUAACCAUCCAACAAAAGAUUUGUGUUGACAUCUUUUCUAACACUAUUUUCUAAAACACUUGUGGAGCCUCAAGCAGUUUGCUCAGUUGAUUUAAUAUCCUUGCCUUUGGGUGUCAACAUCAUAACCAGCUUUUAUAUCCAUUUUAGGGACCUGCACAAAUUAAGAAUGCUGAUUAGAUAUAGGCAUAUGCUGCAAACUUCCAAUAUGCUUAUGCCAUUUCUCUUGACAUGUGAAGGAUCUGUAUGACAGCAACCAUUUUGAGAAGCUAGUUGGAAUGAGAAUUGCCAGAGUCUCUUUUUGCCUGCAGGGAAACAGCUGCAUAAGCAACAUGUAAAAGUUCCAUUGCUCUGACAUUUCUACUGUUGGAGCCCUUAUCACCUGUUUAUAUUGCGCAGUGGCUAUAUUGGUUAUUGGUUACUUUGCUUUGGAAUUUGAAACUGCCAUUUGGGCAUCUAAUGAGAAUCAUAGAUAUAGCCAUUUAAUUCUACCUUUAAGGCUGUUCUUUUUAAUAGCAAAUUAUACUUUACCAAUUAUCAUCUCUUGGGAAGGAAGUCAACGUUUGGAGACAUGUGUUUUUCAUUAUGUAGUUAUAAAAUUGAGGGUGUCUGCUUUCCCCUGGGGCAAUCAGAAAGAAAUGUGCAUGAGUUGCUUUUGUACCCUUAAAAUCCUUUAAAAAUUUUGCAGCAAACAAUUGUCCAUAUGUAACAAGCUUAUUCUUCUACACCACAAGCCAUUACCAUACUGGUAAUAAGUUGCUCAUUAAUAGUCCACAUACAUGUACCUAUCAUUCAUAUAAUCAAUACUUGCUCUAGUGAAGCAAUUUGAACACUAACCUUGUAUGCAUCAACAGACUCAGUAUUCACAGUUACUUACCAUACAAAAGUUCAUAUACCUUAAAGCUUUUGCUCUGUGUUCUCUACUGAUUCAUUGGAAAGUAUUAAUAGAAUUGCCUAAGAAGUAAAAUUGAAAUGUUGUUAAUCUGAAAUUUAAUGAUUCUUUUAUAAGUAUUGUAGUUCAAAAGAGAGUAGGAAUUAGAAUGAUCACUUUGUGUAAAAUUCAUUAAAAUACAAGGCUGCUAUUUUUGCAAGUAUUUUAAAUGUCUUCAUUUUAAAAUAAAGGAAUAGUGAUAGAUUUCUAUAAAUGUCUAAAAGUCUCAGUAGAUGAGUAGUAUUCCGUUGUUACCUGGUCCUCUGAAGUUAAAUGAUGGGCUAACUGAUUUGUGCACACAAGUGUGAUGAAUUUAUGUUAGGGAAAUUAUUCACUGACUAUUCCAAGGGAAGAAAACAUCAACAAUAAGGAAUAAGUUUGCAAUUGAUCUUUACUGCAAACUUGUGUUAAUUCUGUUUAUUAUACAAAUCUGGAUAGUUUAAGUAUAAGCCUAUUUUUAUAUAAAAUAUACAAUUCUGAUAGGAAAGUUAUAAAUGAUUAUUUUUGUUAACAAAGACAUUAAAGCAAGUUUUCUCUCAUUUGACCCUCUUGAAGACAGAAACAUUGGGGAAGAAAACAUUAAAAAUGUAUCUAUUUACUAAUAUAUUAUACAAUUCACUAAGAAAAAGACUGUGUCAAUAGCAUUUAAUAAUUUGCUUUACCUCCCAGAGCAGAUUUCUGCUUUCAGCUUAUCUUAAGAAUGGUUGCCAAGAACAACUGUCUUUCCCUGACCUGAAAAAUGUUUUAUUCAAAUGUCAAAAUAAAUUGUGAAUUUCCUAUGGAAUCAAAGUAAAUAUAAAUACCUUAUUCAUUCUUAUUUUAGUGGUGAUAGACAAACAUUAUUAAAUGCAUCUUAGAGAUCAAACUUUAUGAAAAUGUAUGAUUCUAUCAAGAAUCAUAAGGAACUGAAUGGAAAAUUUCCAGAAAGGGAUUAGUAUUAUAGACUAUUUUGAAGCCGCUUUCUUAAAAUCAAAAUCUGGGAUAGGUUCUCUUAUAAACUUCAUUGCAUAUUGGGAGAACAGAAUAAGAAAUGUGAUAUUUGGAUAGGGAUUUCAGCUACAGACCACAGCCUCUUGUGAGAGGACCUCUUUAUUCUUGAAUGAAUAAGAGGCGAUGAAAACUUUGCAGCAGGCAUCAGUGAGGCUUGUUGAAGGAUACAGUGUGCAGUUAGACCAAUAUCAAGAAUAUGAUAGAGCUUCCAUUCUCUGUCCACAUGGCAAGCCAAAAAGUGAUAGGCUAUGUUACAGGUUGAAGCACAGAUAUUUGUAAUCUACUGAAAAAUAGAUUCUUUCUGUAAUUUUCUCCCUUCCCAAUUAACGAGCCCUAAGCUACAUUUUUACCAUAUUUGGAACUUUUUCAUUACUAAGAAAGCUUAGUACAGUGGGGAAAUCCUUUUUUUCUUGUCCUAAGUAAUGUGUCUAUCUGAAUAAACACAAGUGAUAAUUUCAGCUAUAGUAGCAUCAUUUCUUCUAGCUUUAGGUUGGAUUGGUGUUUUCUUAAACAGAGUUGUUAGUCAUGAACCCAUCCAUGGUUACCUUAGAGAGAUGAUAUACACACAGAGAAACCCUAACAUUAUUCAGCAGGGCUAGCUAUUCAGAUUUCUUGCACAAGUAUUUAGCUUUUUGUAAGGUCAACAUGUAAAUUUUAAAGACAAAUAUAGAGAGACUUAUGUGUUUGAAAUAUAAAUGAUAUAUAUGGAUAAGCAUGUACCUGUAUAUUAUUAAACAUGCAGUGAACUGACUGGUAAGUGAUUGUCUAAUUGUAUGGCUAGCAAUGUAAUUUAUUCAGACUGUAUUUUUGUACAGAGCAGCGCACACUAACCUAUGCCUCUGUGUCCUCCUUAAUGCCUAAAACUGUGCCUAGAAAUUUCAUCUGUCUUAAAGAAAAUAAAAUAUAUUCCAUGCUGUUUUAUGAUAAUAGUUUCUUUCCUGCUAUUCUGUAUUUAUUAUUUUUAAAUAUCUGACAUGUUUACUACUUAAAUAUGAGUUUAUGUUAUCCUGUUCUUUUCUUUUCUUUUCUCUUCUUUUCUUUUCUUUUCACUUAGAAGUCAUCUGGGGAAAUCUGUUUGUCACUCCAGUGAUGCUUGAGUGUGCAGUCCCAUUAUCUGUUCUUCAUUUAAUGAUUUUUGUAGUUGACCUAACGUUAUCUAUGUGGAAAAAAAAUUAAAAAAAAAAGUGGUUUCACUAACAAUGC